CCUCUCUCUCUCUCUCUCUCUCUCUAUCUAUCUAUCUAUCCUCAUUUGUUCCACCACUUCUUCAGCCUAAUUAAGAGAGUCCUUGAUGAUGAAGCAACAAAUAAUGAGCUAGCAUCUUCUUUGCCUACUCUUUCUUUUUAUCUCUGUCAGUCUCACCCUCUCUUCAAAAGUUGAAAUGCAGAUUCCCAUACCAAUAAUUAUCCAUCCAUCAACAACAACUCCUCUCCAUCAUCACUUUUUUUAAUACUACUACAGCUUACUAAAUAAAAGAUGAAAGGAAUUGAUAUAUUCUGCGCAUCCCAUGCUGCAACUUCCAUUUCCUGCCUGAGCAUGGACGAUCCCUCCUCCUCAUCCACAAUUCAUCUCGGCGGCAGCGGCCGAGCAAUCGAUCGUUAUAAUCCAAUCAUCAGAGAUCCUAGAAGAUUUGGCGGCGGCGGCGGCGGCGGCGGCAGCAGCAGCAGAACUCUCCCUCAUGUCCCUUCUUGCUCUUCUCAGACGCCCAUCAACCCUAAGCCCUCAUCCCAUUCCCACCAACAAACUCCUUACCCUCAUCAUCAAAACAAGAAUGGUACUCUGAGUGCCAUGAGCAGCUCCUCAAAGCCAAGAAACGAAAAAUCCCACGGCAAGAGCACUAAUACAAAGAAGAAGUUCAAGAUGAACAACAGCAACAGAAGCAGCUCCGCAGCUAUAAAGCCGCCAUCUCCAAAUGAUGAGGAAAAGAAAAAGAGCAGCGGCUCCAUCAAACCUGCUUCUUCUGUCCACGAGCCCAGUGAUUUCCGUAGUAGUACUAGUAGUAGUAGUAGUUUUGGAAAUCGGAAAAGCUGGAGUUGCAGUUCCACUAAGGCUCCAGCAGGUGACUUUAUCAGCCCACCUGGCUCCUCCCGGUACUUGUUGAGUGAUCAGGCUUCUUUCUUCAACCUCAUUACGGAAGAUUUUGAUCCUCUCAACAAAUUGCUGCCCCCAGUGGUGGAAGCGGAACCUCCCGUUAAUCAUUCCAAGCCCAGUAAUAGUGAUGAUAAUAAUAGCAAGGCCCUGCAAAAAGAUGACCAAUCCAAGUCUCGCUCCCCGGACCAGGUGGUAGUUCUUAGAGUUUCGCUGCAUUGCAGAGGAUGCGAGAGAAAAAUGAGGAAACAUAUCUCCAGAAUGGAAGGGGUGUCGUCUUUCAACAUAGACUUCGCGGCAAAAAAGGUGACGGUGGUCGGAAACGUGACGCCAUUGGAAGUCCUGGCUAGUAUAUCAAAGGUGAAAAAUGCUCAAUUAUGGACCCCUGCAGCUGCAGCUGCAACUGCUGUGCCGCCUUUUAGUCACACUAACUCGUCGGAGAUCAACAGAAAUAGCCAGACUACUCUCCUUUCGCGAUGAAUCAGCCACUCCUCUUUCGUAGUAUUCCGUGUCUAUCAUGAGAUGAAAUAUAUUCAGGGGGCAAGAAUCAUGACGGUGGUGUUAAAAGUUAGAACUAGUCUCUUCAUGCGUAAUCUGCAAUGUCUAGAAUCAAUAUAUGUACGAGAGACUGCAUGGCAGGAUUGAGGUUUGAGACUGUAUAUUCCGAUUUUAUUAGAUUUGCUUUAUUUACUAGCUGGUAGAAGAAUGACAUAUGCAGAAUGGAUUUUAAUUUCAAGUAACUAUGACCACAAAAACGA